AUGGCACCCUCCGCUCUACCGGAAGAGCCCCAGAUGUACGCAUCAAGCAUUUCAGAAAUGGCACGCGGCCGCAAGUUCUACCCUUCAAACAAGUUCAUCAUCAGCUGCGGCACCGUCACAAUCGACAUGCGGGCACGGCGCGUGCUGCUGAUCUAUAACAAGAGACACGCUAUCUACCAGAUGCCCAAGGGGCGGAAAGAUAUCGGCGAAGACCUUCUUGCAGCAGCGCUGCGCGAAACGCGCGAGGAGACGGGCGUUACGGUGAAGCCCGUCACCUUGAGACUCAGCACGAGAGCCACGCCUGCGGGUGGACCCUCCGGUGCCCCGGAGGUGUCUGAGGAGAUCACUGACACGGAACCGAUCGCUGUGUGUCACUACCCUGACCCGGCUACUGGCGCUAUGAAAAUGGUGUUUUACUUUGUUGCGGAGGGGAAUUGUGAUCUUGGACCCGAGGGCUGGACGGGGGAGGACAGAGUCAAGUUUGACGUGAGCUGGGUCGAUGUUGAUGAAGCUGCGGACAAGUUGGCUUUCAAGGAGGAUGGCAUGGUCGUCACCAAGGCUCUGGAGGAUUUGAGAAAAUCGGGGUAUGAUAUCUGA